GCUGCUGGGAAUCUAUAUCUAUAUCUAUAUCCAUAUUUUACCUAAAACAACAUAAACUUGUUGAUUUUUACGAUUUACCCAAUGUUUUUCAACAAAAAAUGUAUAUGCAUUUGCAUUUUAUAUCUACAGUAUAUAUAAAACAAUGAUUCAACAUUCCAUCAACAAAACCUGUUCACCUGUGCGCUCACCGAAGAGGGCAUUAUAGUCCAUAUGAUUAUUUCCACGUAGCGACGCCACUCCACGCAGAUCUCUCUCUCUCUCUUCUCUCUCCACCAAAGCCCCCUCUUUCAACAAACAGUCGUUUCUUUGAUCGAACAGGAGCUUAGAACCUUGACCGGACCAGGACUUGACCAUGGGCGUGCCAGCGUUUUACAGGUGGCUCGCGGACCGGUACAUAGCAAUUGUCGACGUGGUUGAAGAGGAACCAAAAGACAGCAAUGGCGUAAUUGGACCUAUUGAUAUCUCAAAACCUAACCCGAACGGUUUAGAAUUCGAUAAUUUAUACUUAGAUAUGAAUGGUAUUAUUCAUCCUUGUUUCCAUCCUGAUGGAAAGCCUCCGCCUCCUACUUAUGAUGAUGUUUUUAAGUCUAUAUUUGAUUACAUUGAUCAUUUAUUCACAUUGGUUCGGCCGCGGAAGCUUCUAUUUAUGGCAAUUGAUGGAGUUGCACCUAGAGCGAAAAUGAAUCAGCAACGUUCUCGGCGAUUUAGAGCUGCUAAAGAUGCUGCUGAAGCAGAAGCUGAGGAAGAAAGACUUAGAAAAGAAUUUGAGGCUGAAGGGAAUCUCUUGUCUCCCAAAGAAAAGCCUGAAACAUCUGACUCUAAUGUUAUCACCCCUGGCACUCAAUUUAUGGCUGUGCUCUCGACCGGGCUUCAGUAUUAUGUACAAAUGAGGUUGAACCACAACCCAGGGUGGAAGUAUACAAAGGUUAUUCUUUCUGAUGCAAAUGUCCCUGGUGAGGGAGAGCACAAAGUUAUGUCAUACAUAAGAUUACAACGUAACCUUUCCGGUUUCAAUCCGAACACACGGCAUUGUCUAUAUGGGCUGGAUGCUGAUCUGAUUAUGCUGGCUUUAGCGACACAUGAAAUUCACUUUUCAAUAUUGAGAGAGAUGGUCACAUUCCCUGGGCAACAGGAGAAGUGCUUUUCCUGUGGUCAAACUGGGCAUCUUGCAGCUGACUGCCGUGGUAAGCCAGGAGACAACCCUCUGGAUUGGAAUGUGGAAGAUGAUGUCCCAAUUCACAAGAAGAAAUAUCAGUUCCUCAACAUCUGGGUGUUGCGAGAAUAUUUGCAAUACGAAUUGGAUGUUCCAAACCCUCCAUUGGAGAUCAACUUUGAACGAAUACUGGAUGAUUUUGUAUUCUUAUGUUUUUUUGUUGGCAAUGACUUCCUUCCACAUAUGCCAACAUUGGAGAUUAGGGAGGGUGCUAUAAAUUUAUUGAUGCAUGUAUACAGAAGGGAGUUUUCUGCUAUGGGUGGUUAUCUUACUGAUGCGGGUGAGGUUAAUCUAGAUAGAGUAGAACAUUUUAUCCAGUCUGUCGCUAUUUAUGAAGAGCAAAUCUUUCAGAAAGGACUGCGUAUACAGCAGUUUUUGGAAAAUAACGAGGAGAUGAGACUCAAAGCACGAAGGGAAUCCUCUGAAGAGAUUCAGACACCUGCUGUAGACAAGGUUAAGUUGGGGGAACCUGGUUACAAAGAAAGAUACUAUGCCGAGAAAUUUGGUUUAACAACUCCGGAUGAAAUAGAUAAAGUUAGAAAUGAUGUGGUUUUGAAGUAUGUGGAAGGUUUGUGUUGGGUCUGCCGCUAUUACUACCAAGGUGUAUGCUCUUGGCAAUGGUUUUAUCCAUACCAUUAUGCUCCAUUUGCCUCCGAUCUGAAGGGCCUUGCUGACUUGGAAAUAACCUUCUUUCUGGGAGAGCCGUUUAAACCCUUUGAUCAGCUAAUGGGAACCCUACCAGCUGCAAGUUCUAAUGCUCUGCCAGAAGAAUACAGGAAAUUGAUGACUGAUUCAUCGUCACCAAUCUCUAGAUUUUUUCCCUUGGAUUUUGAGAUUGACAUGAAUGGUAAACGUUUCGCCUGGCAGGGAAUUGCCAAAUUGCCAUUCAUUGAUGAGAGGAAAUUGCUUGCUCAAACAAAGAAACUUGAAAGCACCUUAACGGAGGAAGAGCGGCUCCGAAAUAGUGUCAUGUUAGAUUUGCUUUAUGUCCAUCCUGCUCAUCCUAUGGCUGCAGAAGUCAUCGCACAUUAUCAAGGUUUCAAUUCCUUACCCCAAUAUCAAAGAAAACCUUGGGCAAUAGACACAAAUGCCAGUGCUGGGAUGAAUGGAUAUCUUUGGUUAAGCGAGAGGAAUAUGUGGAGAAGUACAAUCGCUUCCCCUGUCAAUGGGUUUCCAGACAUAGAACAUAACCAAGUUUUAAACAUUACAUACCUUAAUCCUAUAAAUCACAGACACAUCCCUGAACCUCCCAAUGGUGUGGUCAUGCCAGAAAAGAUUUUAAAACCUUUAGAUAUUAAACCAUUCCCCAUGUUAUGGCAUGAAGAUCAUGGUGGUCGGCGCCAGCAAGGCAGAGAAAGGCCGCAAGUAGCUAGAGCAAUAGCCGGCCCUUUGUUGGGCGAGGCAGCUCAUCGUCUUGUCAAGAACACGCUUAAUAUCAGACCAAACGGUUCAUCUUCGAAAUUUUUGGAGCAACAAACAUAUCGUAAUAUUCCAGGCAAUUCUACAUUCAACAGGCCUAGGCCUGCCGGACCUUCUGGUUACGAAAGAGGCUACAGUAAUGAUCCAAACUAUUAUUAUGGACAUCACAAUUAUCAGCAAGGCCUAAUGAGUAAUCCUAGAUCCCCUCUUUUCUCGAAUGGUGUCUCCAGCAACCGGCACAACUUUAGAACUCAGGAUAGAGUACAAUACCAUGAACAGUACCGUGACUUGAAGACCGGCAUGUCUGCUUUGACUAUGGAAGAAAAUGUCAAAAGCAGACCACCAGCAGUAAUGUCACAGCGCACACAAAAUACAGGAUACAGUUCGAGUUUGCAGCAACAGUUUGAGCAGAACUUAGGUGCACUUCCAUCACCACCCGCCAAGUGGAUUGGCAAAGCAACAGAUACAGAUGCUGAGAUGUACUUUAGACAAGAAACAAUGCUAAGGGGUGCAAAUGAGAAACAGGCGAAGCAGAUUUAUCAGGUCAAGACACGUGCAGCUCAGGAAAUGUCAAAUCCUCAACAAAUAUCAGAUGUAAAUCAUCAAUAAUCUUGCCGAUUUAAUUAAACUUGAUUUCUACCUGAGAUGUGCUCAUACAACAAACAGUGAGAUCUCUCCACUUUAAAGCAAGGUUUGAGCACUAAACAAUAGUUGUUCCUGCAACUUAAUCCAGUAAUCAGCACCUGCUGUUAUCUUUUCACAUUUUGGAGUGAUAAUGUUGCAUGUGGGGUGCAAGAACAACCUUUAGAGAACAUUUGAUUUGAAGAAGAGUUGGUAUGCCAAUUACGGAAGCAUUGUUGCAGGUGUCAUCAUUCUGAUUUUGUUAUCUGCUGGAUUGGAGCACAGAACUAUAUGAUAAACAUGUUUUGAUGUAAUUGGGUUUCGAGUCAUAGGAAACUAACCCUCUCUCGAUGAUAGUAUAUCGGGAGAAUCACCACUGUUGAUUUGUGUUUAGUAACAUUAGAUGGUGUAACUAGCGACUGACAUGAUGUAUUUGUACUCAGUUUCUAGUAAUAUACUUUGUACUCUCUGUGAAGAAAAGAAAAGUUGAUAUUUCCUAUUGCAGCUGUA